AUUGGAAUGGUGAUUCUAUUCCAUUUAACUUUAUUUAUUUGUUACCAGUUACACCCUUUAUUUUCUUAUCUAGAUGGACGCAUCUAGCUAUACACUCAUUUGGAAUACACAUGCAAACCUACAAAAAAUCUUAUUUCCACACAUCCAUCUAGUGUUAAAUGCUCUCAUACAUUUAGAAUGUAAAAGGUAAUGGAGAUAUCAGUGUAAUACAACACAUACAAUGAAUAGUGAUUUAAUCAAAUUAUCUACAUAUUUAUAAAAUUACUACAAAAAUUAGUAUUCAUUAUAUCAUAUUAUGUUUUGUAAAAUAAUUUUAUUUUACUUACAUUGUAAAGUAUACAUUAAAUUCAGUGUAGUCUAAGUUAUCAUGUAUAAUCUGAAUUUAAAAAGUGAAUUAAGAAAUGAUAAACAAUAUAAGAUAACAGAAUUUCAAAGAUGAAUAUAUAUAUAUAUAUAUAAUAUAUAUAUAUAUAUAUAUAUAAUAAACUAAUUAAUGUAUUCGGUACAGUGGUCUUAAUUUUGAUAAAAAAAAUAGAGAACCUAGGGCUUAUUUCCUUUUUUUCCCAAAGCCAUGUGCACGGGCCCAAGUAAAAAAAAAUGCGUCUGCCGGGAGUCGAACCCGGGUCUAUUGCUUGGAAGGCAAUUAUCCUAACCGUUGGACUACAGACGCUUUUGCUUUUGUAUUGAUCAAUCUAUAUUAAAUAAAAUAAAACUUAACCAAUCCGGUUAGAGAUAUUCGUUAAAUCCUGGAUUGAAAUAUUGGUUUGAUCGGGUAUAAGGUUAUAAAUCUCGUUUUCAAGGUUCGUUUAAACCAAGUAGGGGUUUAAGGUCUUCAACAAUGGCGACGACCUUGAAUCGAUUACGUAGCUCAGUCUCUGCUCUCUCGCAUCGAGCGCUCUUCAAUUCCACUCGCCGUGACUCUCUCCCUUCGCGAAUACCAGCUCUUCGAUCAACCACCCGGUCUUUCCUCGAUUUCUAUCAGUUCGGAAACAAGAAAGCGAUAGAGGAUGAGCGUGCGAGACUUAACGAUGAGAUGAAUCGGGGGUACUUUGCUGAUAUGAAAGAGUUCAAGGAGCAUGGUGGUAAGAUAGCAGAUGCAAAUAAGACUGUUAUUCCUGCUGUGUCAGCUGUGAAAUUUCCGGAGUUAGCAGUGACUCUCUCUAGUGGAGAAGUCUUGAAGUUGCCUAUUAGUUGUAGUAGUGGUGAGGUUAACGAAGAGAGUUUGGCUGUUCCUAGAGUAUCGUUGGUGUGUCUGUCUUUCCGAGCAAGCUCUCAGGAAAUGAUCAGCUCGUGGAGCAAGCCAUUUCUUGAAUCGUUUGGCGACAGGAAAGAUCUGCAGGUGUUUGAGGUUUCAUUUAUAGAUAAAUGGCUGUUGGGCUUGGCCCCUAUAAAGAAACUACUUCUCCGGGUCUUGCAAAAACCGAAGAGCAACGAGAACAGUGUCCUGCAGAGGCGAGUUGUUUACUCAUUUGGGGACCACUAUCACUUCCGGAAAGAAAUUAAAAUUCUGAAUCUUCUCACCGGGUAUAUCUUCCUACUCGACAAAUCCGGGAGAAUAAGAUGGCAGGGUUUCGGAACAGCAACUCCAGAGGAAGUAUCUCAACUUCUCUCUUGCACCUCACAACUCUUGGAAGAUCAAUAAAGUAUCUCUUCAUGACUUCAUCUCAACAGAGAAUCUUUUCUUCUCAUAAUAAUACGGAAAACAUUGACUUUUAACUCUAAAGUAAAAAAAAGAAAAGUUACAACCUUGCUUCA